UCGGGCAGCGGCAGGGCGGCUCAUCGCCAUUUUGUUUAUUUUCGCGAAGAAGUGGAGUGCGAAGGAGAGCGGAAAACGGAAAGCGGAGGUGUUCUCGAGCGUUCCUCGGGUCGUAGAGAUCGGGCAAAGGAAGAGCCCGACUGAGAGCUCGAGCCAGCCGCGGGGCCGGGCCACGGGGGAGGCUGCAAAAGCCGGGCCGACCGGGGCGACCGCGAGCCUUAGACGGCUCCCAGCUCCGAGGAGAGGGCUCGAGCAAAGAGCGUGCCAGAAGGAACCGCCGUGUCGGGACGCGAUUCGUCGGGCCUGGUGCACCGAGCGUGCACACCACGGUGCCGGUGCGCGCGUUCCAGUCUGCGAAGCCUCAACGGAAAUCUCGAGGCGGACCCCGUCGACGAGGGGAGCGGGGGUGUCCGGGUCGGAAGGUCCUCCGGAGCCGCGGCGCAGCGCUCCGUUUCUGCGACCUGGCGCGACGUAAGACACUCAACCUUCCGCGACGGAGUGAACGUUAGGUCCGUGACAGCGACGGCGAGCCGAGGCAGUGGACGUUGCAGAAAUUGGGCGAAUCGCGAGCAAGUACCAAUCGUCGCCGUCCUGUAAAACAACGUCACCGUCCGAGCGCGAGGACAGGCCGAACAAGGCUGUCGGCAAGCUGGAGCCCAAGAAAGAUUUUACGCUGGUCUUGUGCGCCGUCCGGCAUAGACGGCGACAACUCUUCUUUAAACAGGAGUUCAACACGGCUCGCAAGACAGCCACUGUCACCGCGUCGGAUCAGGAGGAAGACGUUCCGGUGGCUCUUGCCGUCACCGAGGUACCCUGUGCAGACAAGACGACCGUCAACAUUGGCUUCAAGAUGAAUCACGUCAACGACAAGGACAACUUGAAUCAGCUUAAUACGAUCCCGGUGCCUGUCAACGAUGUCGAGGAUAUGGACACACAAGAAGAAACCCCAAACGAUGGUGGAGGCGAUGGGACCGAAGCUCGUCCUAUCAAUGGUGAAUUGGAACUUGCUUGUGUACAAGAUCAAGACAUGGAGGAAGACGAAGCCCGCUCCGAAGCAACCUUUCGCUACACGGUUGAGAAUGUUUCAACGAUGAGGGAGUCGCAACUCUCUCCACCAUGUUAUGUCCGCAAUCUGCCUUGGAAGAUCAUGGUGAUGCCAAGGACGAGCCAGCCCCAGGAACGACAGCCUCAGAAGUCUCUCGGUUUCUUUCUACAGUGCAAUGGAGAGAGCGAGUCCACAUCCUGGAGUUGUUUUGCGAAUGCUGAAUUACGUCUACUUUCAUGCAAAGAGAAGCAGGAGCCAUUCAGCAGAAAGAUUCAGCAUCUGUUUUAUAGCAAGGAGAACGACUGGGGAUUUAGUCACUUCAUGGGAUGGCAUGAUGUUUUAGACCCUGACAAAGGAUACAUCAAAGACGACUCGAUCACUCUCGAGGUUCACGUAAGCGCAGAUGCACCACAUGGUGUAAGUUGGGACAGUAAGAAACACACCGGAUACGUGGGUCUCAAAAAUCAAGGUGCAACCUGUUACAUGAACUCUUUACUUCAAACUCUCUACUUUACAAAUCAGUUACGAAAAGCAGUAUACAAAAUGCCAACGGAGAGCGAUGACUCCAGCAAAAGCGUUGCUCUGGCACUGCAAAGGGUAUUCCACGAGCUGCAGUUCUGCGACAAGCCAGUCGGCACGAAGAAGUUAACGAAAAGCUUUGGAUGGGAAACAUUGGACUCGUUUAUGCAACACGACGUACAGGAAUUUCUGAGAGUGCUCUUGGAUAAGUUGGAGAGCAAGAUGAAGGGUACAUGCGUCGAGGGUACAGUGCCAAAGUUAUUCGAGGGCAAGAUGAUAUCCUUCAUAAAGUGCAAAAACAUUGACUACAAGUCGACGAGGAUCGAGACGUUCUACGACAUUCAGCUUAACAUCAAAGGGAAGAAGAACAUCGACGAGUCCUUCGGGGAUUACGUUAGCACGGAGAUCCUGGACGGCGACAACAAGUACGACGCCGGCGAGCACGGACUGCAGGAGGCCGAGAAGGGCGUCAUCUUCAAGUCGUUUCCCCCCGUCUUGCAUUUACAUCUAAUGCGAUUCCAGUACGACCCCGUGACGGAUUGUUCGGUGAAGUUCAACGACAGGUUCGAGUUCUACGAGAAGAUCAGCCUGGGGCCGUACUUGCAAGCCAAGGAGGCGACCAACGCCGAUUACACGUUACACGCCGUCCUCGUCCACAGCGGAGACAAUCACGGAGGCCACUACGUAGUCUUCAUCAACCCUGCCGGUGACGGAAAGUGGUGCAAAUUCGACGACGACGUGGUCUCUAAGUGCACGAAGAAGGAGGCCAUCGAGAACAACUACGGGGGCCAGGACGAGGACAUGUCGAUGGCGGUUAAGCACUGCACCAACGCUUACAUGCUGGUCUACAUACGGGACUCCGAGCUGCAUAACGUCCUGCAAGAGGUCACUGAGGAGGACAUACCUCAAGAGGUCAGAAACGUCCUACAAAGGGAGCUUUCCCAGGAAUUGACCGAGCUUGAGCGCGACAAAGACUCGACCGACGCGAAUCAGGAGACCCACCCGGAGGGCGCCAAUCUCCGUCCCUGCACGCAAAACCCUCGCAACCCCAACUUGUACAUCCACGACUUUUAAAGACGACCCUGACGAGGCGCCUCGUAGAGACGGGGAGGAUUAUCCUUGCCCCGGGAAGGCCGGCGCGGAAAAACGGGAGCUUGCCCCAACUUCCACCUCCUCCUCCCACCUACCCACCACCCUGAUCCGGCUAUGAUUUUCAGAUCGAUCGGACCCUACCCCAUUCCUUGUGUUACUCCUUUGCGGAGGAAUUUCUAUUAAUGUGUAAAUCAAUUGCAUUUCCUUUGCUCGGCCUCUCGAGCUGAUUUGUUGGGCGGAGCGACGAGUAGUUUUGCGUGCGCUGGACGGGCGCUUUUUUUUACUGUGACUUUUUUCUUUUCUUUUCUUUCCUUUCGAUGACUGACGGGACUCUCUCGCGACUCGAAGGAAGGCACUGACUCUGGGGGGGAUUCGAUGGAGACCCUGAAGAGCGUAGGAAAUCGAAAUUUAGAGAACGUUUUACCAAAAAUUGCAUUUGCUAAUCGGUGAGAAAUUGUUUUUUAGGGAAACCCUGAAGAGCGGAGGAAAUCAAAAUUUAGAGAACGUUUUACCAAAAAUUGCAUUUGCUAAUCGGUGAGACAAGGUUUUUUAGGGAGACCCUGAAGAGCGUAGGAAAUCAAAAUUUAGAGAACGUUUUACCAAAAAUUGCAUUUGCUAAUCGGUGAGAAAUUGUUUUUUAGGGAGACACUGAAGAGCGUAGGAAAUCAAAAUUUAGAGGAUGUUUUACCAAAAAAUUGGAUCAGACCCGUUGCUAAUCUGAGAAAUUGUUUUUUAGAGAGACUCUGAAGAGCGUAUAAAGUGGAAUUUAUCGAAGGUUUUAUGAAAAUUGGGUAUUAUCGCUCGUACACCUUGCCGACCUGUGAACAAUUUUUUUUUUCCUUUUUUAAGAGGCCCCGAAGAGAGCAUAGAAAAUGUAAUUUAGCGCGGGUUAAAAAGUAAUUAAUUUAAAAUCACUCGAAUGCCUGAGCACUGAAAAUGAAAAUUUAGCAUAGAGUUAAAGUCGGUUAUCGUGUCGUUGAAAAAAUAAAAAAAAUUAAAUGCAAAAGGGUCUUCAGGGCAAUGUACACCUUUCGUGUUCAGGUACGAAGUAUUGGUCGGUACUUUAGGAUAUGGUGAUGGAUGACGAGGACGCUUUUUGGCGGUUCUUCCUGAGCUCGGAGGGCAUUUUAAUCCUUGGGGAAGAUCCUUGCUCGGGUUUCGAGAGUCGGGCCUGACUUCGACCUUGCAAUGACGAAGACAAAUUGUCGAUUGACUGCCGACCGUUGUACUCGAGGACGACGGUCCCUAGGACAAAUUAGAUGUUCCCAGGAUAUCGCAUGAGUCCUUGCGAGGGGAAUUAUUAAAAGGGAAUGAAAAAGGAGCUGAAUGGUCUCGAGUCGACGAGAGACCGGCUCGCGAAUGCGAAAUGAUAAUUGCGAGGGGAAAAAGAAAUACAGGUGCCUGCGCCCAUAUAUAUAUAUAUAUUACCAAGUCACAUGAAUUAAAAUAUCGUGCAUACAAGAAAUUACAAGGCAGAUGUUAACGAUAACAGAUGUUAAAGAUAAGUAAUAUAUUUUAGCAACACCAGGCUUCUUCCUUAAUACGUCUUCUGAUACGAUAUAUUUGUUAUUUAAUAGGACUGUUUAGUGAGUUCGACUCUUACGAAAGAAAGAUAAAGAGAGAAAGAGAGAAAGAAAGAUCUUUAGCGACCUCCACGAUUUGAAGGAAUGGAAAAAGAGAGAGAGAUGCACACUUAUACACACACACACGCGCGCGCGCGCGCGUACACGCAAGUCAUUUAUUUAAAUUAAUUUAAAUCACCUCCCGAUUAGUCCUUUAAACUAAAUCGAAUCACGCCAGGCGGUGAGUUAGUAAAUUCCUUUCGAUGUCGAUUACCCAGGAGUUUAACGGAUGCUUAUCUAUUUAUUUGUUGUUACGUAUUAAUAAACCGAAGAAUAAUGUACAGAGCACAUUCGUCUGGACGGAGCACAUCAUUUUGUCUAGACUGUCUCGGUGUCCCUUUCAAAAUGACGGCUUCGUCGAUAUUUUGUAUAUAAUAUUGUUUACAUAUUACAUAUUAUAGGGAUAUAUGUAUGAUAUCAGAUAAGGAGAUAUACGUCUCUAUCGAAUCUCAUGGUCGGUGAGCAAUAAAUAAAGCUUAGGCAUUUCGAGCCGCUA